AGAACCAAAAUGGCCGUUGUUGUAUUUUGACGUAUAAUAGCUAGCUACUUUUCUUUUUGUUUCAUUCUUGGUAGAAAACUAGCAAACGAGAGACUUUUUGGUGGAAGUGUAUCUCGCCACUCUCCGUAUACUGGUGUCGUAGUUUUUAUUUGGAAGACAAUCAAGACUGACACAUUUGUUGAACGAGUUAGACUAUGCAUAGUUAGUUCUAAUACAGGCUAGCUAGCUGGCUCUGGCUGGCACACAUUUAAAGCAGUUCAAAGUGAAAUAGCUAUCUAACUUAGCUGCGAUGGAGGAAUUGACCGCAGAUGAGAUUCGCAGAAGGCGACUGGCGCGACUGGCAGGGGGACAGACAUCACGGCCAAGCACCCCUCUCAGCACACCCUUAACAUCCCCACAGAGAGAGACUCCACCUGGACCGCUCCCUGGACCCUCAGGUGCCGCACCCCAGCCCCUGCCACCAGCUGCCUCUCAAUCACUGGGGCUCAGUGUCCACAGUGGUACCCCUGCGACUUCCCCUAUGGGCACCUCUGGGGUGGCAUAUGGGAGUCAGAGCAGUGAAGGUGUGAGCUCCCUUUCCAGUUCCCCCUCCAACAGCCUUGAGACGCAGUCCCAGAGUUUGUCCCGAUCGCAGAGUAUGGACAUUGACACUGCCUCCUGUGAAAAGAGCAUGUCCCAGGUGGAUGUGGACUCAGGGAUAGAGAACAUGGAGGUGGAAGACAGUGAUCGUAGGGAGAAGAGGAACUUGACUGAUAAGGAAACCUCUGCAAACUCAGAUGUCUCUGAAGAACAGGCUCUGCAGCUCAUUUGUAAGAUCCUCCGCGUAUCGUGGAAGGAGCAGGAUAGAGAUGUCAUCUUUCUCCCUUCACUAGCUGCAGAGUUCCACCAGAACCCUAAAGAUGUAUACUCUGACUUCAAAGACCUGAUCAGCCAGAUUCUGGUGGAAGUUUUAAUGAUGUCUACCCAAUCACGUGUUAACAACCCCUUUGCUAGCUUGACUGCCACCUCUCAGCCAAUUGCAGCUGCCAAGUCUCCUGACCAUCGUUUGGCGCUGGUACAGCCCUCCAGCCAAGUUGGCAGCCCCAUGGGCCCCAGCGCAGGGUCCUUUGGAGCCAGCUCUUUGUCCAGUCUUGGUGCAUGUGGAGGGGGGAUGUCCUGCGAUUCAGCCAGUGACCGCUUCACCAUUGAAACAUGUAAAGAGACAGAGAUGCUGAACUACCUCAUUGAGCGUUUUGACAGUGUUGGCAUGGAGGAAAGAAAAGCUCCUAAGAUGUGUAGCCAACCAAAUGUCAGCCAGCUUCUCAGCAACAUUCGCUCUCAGUGUAUAUCCCAUGUUGCCCUAGUCCUGCAAGGCACCUUGACCCAGCCUCGGAGUCCCCUCCAUCAGUCUCUGCUGGUACCUUAUAUGCUGUGUCGGAACCUUCCAUACGGCUUUAUCCAGGAGCUGGUGCGCAUUACCCACCAGGAGGAAGAAGUAUUCAGACAGAUCUUCAUUCCCAUCCUUCAUGGACUGGCUCUUGCAGUAAAAGAAUGUUCUUUUGACAGUGACAACUUUAAAUUCCCCCUCAUGGCGUUAGCUGAGCUUUGUGAAAUCAAGUUUGGAAAGACUCACCCUGUGUGCAAUUUGCUAACGUCGCUGCCUCUGUGGUGUCCCAAACCUCUGAGCCCUGGCUGUGGCAGAGAGAUCCAGAGACUGUCCUACCUGGGAGCUUUCUUCAGCCUCUCUGUGUUUGCUGAGGAUGAUACCAAAGUAGGAGACAAGUAUUUCUCUGGCCCAGCAAUCACAAUGGAGAACACACGAGUUGUCAGCCAGUCAUUGCAGCACUACCUCGAGUCAGCGAGGAGUGACCUGUUCAAAAUUCUCCAUAAUGUCCUACUAAAUGGAGAGACGCGUGAGUUAGCGCUUAAUUACAUGGCAGCUUUAGUGAAUUACAAUGUGAAGAAAGCCCAGAUGCAGACUGAUGACAGACUGGUGUCAACAGACGGCUUCAUGCUCAACUUUGUAUGGGUGCUGCAACAGCUGAGCAUGAAGAUCAAACUGGAGACGGUGGACCCUUAUUAUAUUUUCCAUCCACGCUGUCGACUUGUUGUCAGUGUGGAGGAGACGCGUCUAAAAGCCACUAUGGAGGAGCUCAAGAGCUGGUUGACUGAACUACACGAAGAUCCUAUGAAGUUCUCAGAACCGAAGUUCCCCACCGAGUGUUUCUUUUUGACACUGCACACCCACCAUUUGUCUAUCCUGCCCAGCUGCAGGCGCUACAUCCGCAGAUUGCGAGCCAUCCGUGAACUGAACAGGACUGUGGAAGAGCUGAAAAACAGUGAAAGCCAAUGGAAAGAUUCUCCCCUGGCGAGUCGACACAGAGAGAUGCUGAAACGAUGCAAAACACAGCUCAAGAAACUUGUGCGAGCCAAAGCUUGUGCUGAUGUGGGUCUUCUGGAUGAGAACCUGCUCCGCAGAUGUCUGCAGUUCUAUAGCACAGUCAUUCAGCUCAUUCUGCGCAUGAUUGACCCUGCCUACCCUAACAUUACUCUGCCUCUGAAUUCAGAGGUUCCCAAAAGCUUUGCUGCUCUCCCUGAGUUCUACAUCGAAGAUGUAGCCGAGUUUCUGCUUUUUGUUGUGCAGUAUUCUCCCCAGGUUUUAUAUGAGCCUUGUGUCCAGGACAUUGUCACCUUCUUGGUGGUGUUCAUCUGCAGCCAAAAUUACAUCAGGAACCCCUACCUUAUUGCCAAAUUGGUAGAGGUGCUGUUUGUCACUAACCCUGCUGUACAGCCUCGUACUCAGCGAUUCUCUGAAAUGAUGGAGAACCACCCAUUGUCAGUCAAGCAGCUGGUCCCUGCCCUCAUGAAGUUCUACACUGAUGUUGAGCAUACCGGUGCCACCAGCGAGUUCUAUGAUAAGUUCACUAUACGGUACCAUAUCAGCACUAUCUUCAAGAGCCUCUGGCAGAACACUGCCCACCAUGGCACUUUCAUGGAAGAGUUCAACUCUGGCAAGCAGUUUGUGCGUUACAUCAACAUGCUGAUCAAUGACACCACAUUCUUGUUAGACGAGAGCCUUGAGUCCCUGAAGCGUAUCCACGAAGUUCAAGAAGAGAUGAAGAAUAAGGAGCAGUGGGAUCAGCUACCUAGGGAGCAGCAGCAGAGCCGUCAGUCCCAGCUGACUCAGGAUGAGCGGGUAUCUCGCUCCUAUCUGGCGCUGGCCACAGAAACGGUUGAAAUGUUCCACAUCCUCACUAAACAAGUCCAGAAGCCUUUCCUCAGGCCUGAACUGGGGCCUCGUUUAGCUGCCAUGCUGAACUUUAACCUCCAGCAGCUCUGUGGGCCCAAGUGUCGUGACCUGAAGGUGGAGAACCCUGAGAAAUAUGGGUUUGAGCCCAAGAAGCUCUUAGACCAGCUGACUGACAUCUACUUGCAGCUAGACUGUGCCCGCUUUGCUAAAGCAAUUGCAGACGACCAGCGGUCGUACAGCCGGGAGCUCUUUGAAGAGGUGAUCUCAAAGAUGAAGAAAGCUGGUAUUAAGUCCUCCAUUGCCAUUGAAAAAUUCAAGCUGCUAUCAGAGAAGGUGGAGGAAAUAGUCGCCAAAAACUCCCAGUCUGAAAUGGACUACAGUGAUGCACCUGAUGAGUUCAAAGACCCUCUAAUGGACACACUGAUGACUGACCCUGUGAUGCUGCCGUCGGGGAACAUAAUGGACAGAUCAAUCAUCUUGCGCCACCUGCUCAACUCCCCUACUGAUCCCUUCAACAGGCAGCCCCUCACAGAGAGCAUGCUGGAGUCAGUUCCUGAACUGAAGGAGAGGAUCCACGCCUGGAUGAGGGAGAAACAAGGUGGACGGCCUGUCUAAGGACCAUGUGUCACCAAUGUCUGGCCUGCUAACCAUCAUUAAGGGAUCUGUCAAUAUUGCCUGAGUUUGGUGUCACUGCUACCAGUGACAAAGAAAAAACAUUUGGAAUGGAAGAAAAAGGAGUACCGAUUUGAUUUUUAUUCACAUUUACCCUUUUGGUCUCAAACCAUUAUCGUGGUUCUAAAAACAAAACAAUAAAGUCAAGAGUUUUACGUUUUUCUCAUGAGUUUGUGUAUGUAUAUAUAUAUAUACAUAUAUAUAAAAAUAUAUACAUAUAUUUAACAGGAGUUAGUUAAUGCACCAUAAUGCUGCAAGAAGUUUCCACCACCAACAGGUUUACCAGCAAGGUGCAUACAGUCACUUCAUUCAUUGUUUUCCUUUAUGGUUCUCAUUUUGUUUUGUAAAACUCUGUAUAUUGGCUUCGUUAAAGACUUGGAGGGAGAGGGGAGGGCUCUGAUAAAACUGCUAGCCCUGAAUUUUUAUUACGAAGUCUAACGGUGAUUGAACAUCCAUCCCCAUAAUGUUUGCUGGUGUCCCAGAGCGCAUUAAGUGCUUGUAGACGAAAUUCAGAAGUGGGAAUGUCUACUAAGUGUGUAGCUUAACAUAGAUUAAUCCUAAAUGUCAACUUCCUUUUGAUUACAGUAGGGCAGUAAUGAGUGGUUUAUUAAAAUACAAAUUGUUCAUUUGUUGCUUUUUAGUCACAUUUUCCCUGCUGACUUUGAUAGAGUGAAAUUACUUUUUGUGUGUGCAUGGCCUCAGUUCAAGAACCUCCUAAGCGCCUCAUGGACAAAUCCUUUUUUUAGGCGAAGUAGAAGGAAUAUGACAGAAUGUAGCAUGACCACCAGAAACACGAUUAUACAGUAGGAGCACACCAUUAAAAGUUUGUUCUUCAGAACCACCGACAUCUUACCCUGAAGUGGUCUCUUUCAUUGGCACUGUACCUAACUUGACCUUGCUGACCUUAAUUGUACAGGGAAAUGAUUUCCUUUAACUACAUCCUUGUUUGGGAAGCUAGGAUUUUGAACUGAAAUAAAUGAUGAUGCACAUUAUUUCCCAACUCGUCACU